AUUCUACUUCGAUCUAUCAUGUGAGACUCCUUAGUCUAUGGUGACGAAAGCCUUUGGUCUAUAUAAGAACUCUAGCGGAACCUCACAUUCAUAUGCCAAACUCCCACUACUCCUUAAUUUCUCUCUUCACUUAUCAUCAUACUUAUAUAUUAUAUAACCCAAUAAUUAAAUUAAAUACAUGUUAGCACUUUAACAUUCCUUUCUCUAACCUCGUUCCCACUCUCAUAUUUUCCCUUCUGCUGAUAUUCAGCUAAACUAAGUCAAUAAGAUGACUCAGGGAAAGAUAGUUGAAGCUGCAGAAGCUCAUAAAACACUUGAGGAUUUCGAUCCUCCAAAGAAGCGCAAAAGGAACAAGUAUGCUUUUGCUUGUGCUGUGCUGGCCUCCAUGACUUCCAUCUUGCUUGGCUACGAUAUUGGUGUGAUGAGUGGAGCAGCCUUGUACAUAAAAAGGGACCUGAAAGUGUCGGAUGUGCAAAUCGAGAUCCUGCUCGGAAUCAUCAACCUCUACUCUCUGAUAGGCUCAUGCCUCGCCGGCAGAACCUCCGACUGGAUAGGUCGGCGUUACACGAUUGUUUUCGCCGGCGCCAUCUUCUUUGUCGGAGCACUUCUCAUGGGUUUCUCCCCCAACUAUUCCUUUCUCAUGUUCGGCCGUUUCGUUGCCGGCAUCGGCAUCGGCUACGCCCUCAUGAUAGCCCCCGUCUACACCGCCGAGGUCUCCCCGGCCUCCUCUCGUGGCUUCCUCACAUCCUUCCCCGAGGUUUUUAUUAAUGGAGGGAUAUUACUUGGAUACAUAUCAAACUAUGGAUUUUCGAAGCUGACACUGAAGGUGGGAUGGCGAAUGAUGCUUGGAGUGGGUGCAAUUCCUUCGGUAGUCCUAACGGUGGGAGUGUUAGCGAUGCCUGAGUCCCCAAGGUGGCUAGUGAUGAGGGGUCGUUUGGGAGAGGCAAGAAAAGUGCUUAACAAAACCUCAGACAGCAGGGAAGAGGCCCAACUAAGGCUAGCCGAAAUCAAACAAGCCGCAGGGAUCCCCGAGAGUUGCAACGACGACGUCGUUCAGGUAACCAAACGAAGCACAGGUGAAGGCGUAUGGAAAGAACUCUUCCUCUAUCCAACGCCCCCAAUUCGUCACAUCGUAAUCGCUGCCCUUGGGAUUCACUUCUUCCAACAAGCGUCGGGCGUAGACGCCGUCGUUUUGUACAGCCCCAGGAUCUUCGAGAAGGCUGGGAUCAAAGACGACACGCAUAAACUUCUUGCAACCGUGGCCGUUGGAUUCGUCAAAACCGUUUUCAUCUUGGCGGCUACUUUUACGUUGGACCGCGUGGGUCGUCGUCCGUUGUUGUUGUCUAGUGUCGGGGGCAUGGUGCUCUCUCUCCUCACGCUCGCUAUCAGCCUCACGAUCAUUGGUCACUCCGAGAGGAAACUAAUGUGGGCCGUUGCAUUGAGCAUAGCCAUGGUGUUGGCUUACGUGGCCACGUUCUCCAUUGGUGCGGGUCCCAUCACGUGGGUUUAUAGUUCUGAGAUCUUCCCGUUGAGGCUGCGGGCGCAGGGUGCGGCCGCGGGAGUUGUGGUGAACAGGACCACAAGUGGGGUUGUCUCAAUGACUUUUUUGUCCCUCUCUGAAGCCAUCACCAUUGGUGGAGCUUUCUUCCUUUAUUGUGGCAUUGCUACCCUUGGGUGGAUAUUCUUUUACACCCUGCUUCCUGAGACUCGGGGUAAAACGCUCGAAGACAUGGAAGGGUCUUUUGGUACUUUUAGGUCCAAAUCCAACGCCACUAAGGGAGUAGAAAAUGGGAAUGGCCAAGUAGCACAAGUCCAGCUAGGGACCAAUGUCCAAACAUAGACAAAUGAGCAUUGGGACAUCCAGUAAUACUGUAGUAAUUUCGUGUGUGCAAAAAAGAAUUUUACAAUAAUUUCAAUGAAUGACAAAGGUUCAAAGGAAGAGAGUGUUUUUUUAACAGCUA